GGGGCCGCGCCGCGCGAGCCGUUGGGCCUGGCUCGGAGAAGGCGUUGCCGCUGCUGCUGCAGUUGCCGCCGCCAGGAAACACAAGGAGCGGGACCAAGCGCAGCGUGGCGAUGGGCGGGAGUAGGGCCCCGCCGGAAAGGCUGGGCGGCCGCCGGUGACAGACUGUGUUCUGUCCACCGCACCUCCUGCAUGUUCUGCUGCCCUGAGCUGUCCCAAGCUAGGUGACAGCGUGUUACGCUGCCGCCAUGAAUGAGGUGUCUGUCAUCAAAGAAGGCUGGCUCCACAAGCGUGGUGAAUACAUCAAGACCUGGAGGCCCCGGUACUUCCUGCUGAAGAGUGACGGCUCCUUCAUUGGAUACAAGGAGCGGCCUGAUGCCCCAGACCAGACCCUGCCCCCGCUAAACAACUUCUCUGUCGCAGAGUGCCAGCUGAUGAAGACUGAGAGACCACGGCCCAACACCUUCGUCAUACGCUGCCUACAGUGGACCACUGUCAUCGAGAGGACCUUCCACGUAGACUCUCCAGACGAGAGGGAGGAGUGGAUGCGGGCCAUUCAGAUGGUCGCCAACAGCCUUAAGCAGCGGGGCCCAGGUGAGGACCCCAUGGACUAUAAGUGUGGCUCCCCCAGUGACCCUUCUGCGGCCGAGGAGAUGGAAGUGGCAGUUAGCAAGGCUCGGGCCAAGGUGACCAUGAAUGACUUCGACUAUCUCAAACUUCUGGGCAAGGGCACCUUUGGCAAAGUGAUUCUGGUGCGGGAGAAAGCCAGCGGCCGCUACUAUGCCAUGAAGAUCCUGCGGAAGGAAGUUAUCAUUGCCAAGGAUGAAGUUGCCCACACGGUCACCGAGAGCCGGGUCCUCCAGAACACCAGGCACCCAUUCCUCACUGCACUGAAGUAUGCCUUCCAGACCCACGACCGCCUGUGCUUCGUGAUGGAAUACGCCAACGGUGGUGAGCUGUUUUUCCACCUGUCCCGGGAACGAGUCUUCACGGAGGAGCGAGCCCGCUUCUAUGGUGCAGAGAUCGUCUCUGCCCUUGAGUAUUUGCAUUCGCGGGACGUGGUGUACCGCGACAUCAAGCUGGAAAACCUCAUGCUGGACAAAGAUGGCCACAUCAAGAUCACUGACUUCGGACUGUGCAAAGAGGGCAUCAGUGACGGGGCUACCAUGAAAACCUUCUGUGGGACGCCCGAGUACCUGGCACCCGAGGUGCUGGAGGACAACGACUACGGCCGCGCGGUGGACUGGUGGGGGCUGGGCGUGGUCAUGUACGAGAUGAUGUGCGGCCGCCUGCCCUUCUACAACCAGGACCACGAGCGCCUCUUCGAGCUCAUCCUCAUGGAGGAGAUCCGUUUCCCACGCACACUGAGCCCUGAGGCCAAGUCCCUGCUUGCUGGGCUGCUUAAGAAGGACCCCAAGCAGAGGCUCGGCGGGGGGCCCAGCGAUGCCAGGGAGGUCAUGGAGCACAGGUUCUUCCUCAGCGUCAACUGGCAGGACGUGGUGCAGAAGAAGCUCCUGCCACCCUUCAAACCUCAGGUCACCUCUGAGGUUGACACAAGGUACUUUGACGAUGAGUUCACCGCCCAGUCCAUUACAAUCACACCCCCGGACCGCUAUGACAGCCUGGGCUCCCUCGAACUGGACCAGCGGACCCACUUCCCCCAGUUCUCCUACUCAGCCAGCAUCCGCGAGUGAGCAGAGCCGUCUGCUGCCACCACCGCCGCGGGACACGCACGGCUGCCAUCACCGCCCGGGGGCUUUUCUCUUGUUUUUAAACUUUUUAUUUUUGCCUUUUUUGUUUGCAUCCCCAUCUCUCACCUGCUCACCCCCAUUUCCAGUUUUUUCUUCAGCCCUCUGCCAAACUCACCUCAGCGGUCCCAGCGGCCCUGCCUCCAGGAUCCUGUCCUGUCCUCACCUCUGUGCUCAGACCAGGCUUUGGGAGACUCUCCGCUGGAGGGAUUCCGCUUUUUAAUCAACACGAGCCCCAGGGAGGGGCGAAGCGUGGGGCUGUGGGUCCUGCCUGAAUUUCUGGCCAGACGCCUGCAGGCAGUCUGCCUCUGUCAGAGGUCGCCUUCUCGUGGGACACCUCAGGGGACACCUUGUGGGACAUGAUGCCCCGCGGACAGUGCCCCGGUGCUGCCUUCCGUGCCCUGCUUGUUAGGCUCAGAGCGGCCUGGCUCGGGCAGCCCAGCCCCUCAUCCCACAGGGGCAGAAAAGCAAUAAUGUCUAGGGACAGGCUGGGGCCUUUGGAAGGUGCGGGAUUGGGGGUCCAGGGCUCCCUCGUGUGGUUGGGGGAUGGGCACUGCCUCCUUGCCCCGCCUUCCCCAGCCUCCCAAGCUGCUCUCCUGACCCUGUGGAUGAGGCAGGAGGAACAUUUGGGGACUGGCCUCCCCGCCACCCAGUCCUGUGCCUUACCAGGGCUUCCUUCCAGCUGGCCUUAACUCCCGCUGCACCCCGGGCCCAGCCCCAGCUCUUUCCAAGGAUGGGGGCUGGGAUCACCCCCUUCUUUCCGCCUGGGGCGGAGGGGUGCCAGCCCCGGCUGUUACACAUCUCGCACCAAGACAGUAUUGGGCCCCAUGGACUGGGGUCGAAGAGGGGGUGGGGUGGGGGGGGUCUCUGGUACGUACUGGGGUGGGGGCCUCUGAGAAGGGGAGGCUCCAGGGCCCCUUUCUACCCCCCCGCCUCUGGGCCCCACGUUCUGCAGCCUUAAGGUGAACAUGUGUCAGUGCUGUGGGCACGGGGGUACGUGCCUCGGCCUAUGUGUGUUUGUGGAUGUCCCUCUGCAUCCCGGACGUGGAUGCACGUGGGCGCGUGCGUGCAUGUGUGUUGGGUAUGUGUGCGUGAGGGCAAGCGUGUCUUGGCCUUGAGUGUGUGGUGUGUGUGGGCUUGGGCCCUGUCCCCGGGCCUGAGCAUUUCAUCCCCUGAGGGAGGGGUGCUGGCCCAGCAGGAGGACCACACCUGGGAUCCAUUUGCUGCCCGCUCUCCCUCCCAUCCCCCCCCACCACCCAACAUCUCUCGGUGUGUGGAAUUUAGUUGUGGUUUUGAUCUCCCUGCCCCACCUCCUGUACUAGGUAGUUCCGAGAGAGACAUCCUAGGGUGGGGUGAGGGUUGGUUUGGGUGGGUGGGGGGUCUUUUUCCUUUCUGUGUGCGUAUGUCCUUUAUCUGACAAUUCUCUGUCCUCCCCACUGGCCUUCCCCCUUCCUCCCAUUUGUACGGUACAAGCAAUAAAGACACUCGUUUCAGACCGGG